GAUACUAGGCAGAAAGAGCAGUGGAGGUCAUGUGUCUGAACGCUAGUUAUCAGUGCAAAUGCCUACUGGAGGGUGAUCCUUGUGAACCAUGCAGGAUGACGGAGAAACAGAAGGAGGUAGAGGAGACUCACCUAUCCAAUAACUUGGAUGUCCCAGAACAAUCGGAGAGCACCUGUGAACCUGAAUACUCCGAGUCCUCCAAUGUGGUCGCUCACAAGGAACGGAGCCAACACUGGGGCUGGAUGGUGUCUGGGAUUAUCUGUGUGAACAUCCUGCUUUUGGGCUGUGCUUUGGUCAGUGGCAGUGCAGAUGAGGACAUUGAUAUCAGCAUGGAUUACCUGCAGAUUUACCUCAUUAUACUCCUCAUCCUCACUACUGCAUGGAUGAUUUACUAUGCCGUCUAUACAGCCAGACAGGAUCAUGCAAUUGUAUUCAAGGAUUCUCAUGCAGGACCAAUCUGGCUCAGAGGUGGUCUGGUCUGUUUUGGUAUCCUAAGUUUCAUCAUGAAUAUUUUCAAGAUUGCUAGCUACGUGGGCUAUCUCCAUUGUGAUUCUGCUGUUAAAGUCGCCUUCCCUGUGGUCCAAAUUGUGUUUAUAACAGUACAGACUUACUUUAUGUGGUUUCAUGCCAAAGACUGUGUGCAGGUCCAGAAAAAUAUAUCACGCUGUGGAAUAAUGCUUACCCUUUCCACAAAUCUAGUUAUGUGGAUGACAUUGGUCACAGAGGAAUCUCUUCAUCAAACAUCAUUUCCCGAACAUGAAUUCAAUGAAACCAAACAUAGUGGCCGAAGUGCUUAUAUUUCCAAAGCAAGCUACGGUGAUGACAAGUGCAAAUGCAGCCACACAUCAUGCAGUAUCUUUAAGGAAGCUUACUACUACUUAUACCCCUUUAACAUCGAGUACAGCCUCUUUGCUUCUGCUAUGGCCUAUGUUAUGUGGAAAAAUGUUGGACGAGUAGCAGACGAGCAUAGCCACCACCAUUUCAAAUUCCAUAUAAAAGAAAUUAUUGUUGGCCCAAUCACGGGAGUUCUGAUGGUCAUCGCAGGCCUAGCCACAUUUAUUGUGUAUGAGAUGGAAAUGAAAAUUACCAGUUACAGUGAUGAUGAUUUAAAGAAUGACCACGCACUAAUGACCCAUUUUGUAAUGAACAUAGUGAUAGUCGUAUUGAUGUCCCUUACAACUGGUCUGGGUUGUGGCAUUUUUAAACUGGACCAUAAGAACCAUGUAUCAGAGAAGAACCCAACACGAAAUCUAGAUGUUGGGCUGCUAGUUGGUGCAUCACUAGGUCAAUUUGUCAUUAGUUACUUCAGUAUUAUAGCAAUGAUAGCCACAGGAGCAAAAGGUCACCUGAACAGACUCAAUCUGGCUUGGUCAAUAUUUAUGAUUAUCCAGCUCAGCCUCCAAAACUUCUUUAUAAUUGAAGGACUACACCGGGAGCCACAUCAUGAGAUUGAUCCUGUUACAGUUGUCGCAAACCCAUAUGUAAAUGAGAAAGACGUGGGCGCAAACGGAUCUGUAGGGUCAGAAUUGGACCAAAAGAUGCCAUCUGAAUUUGUCAUAGAAGACCCCUCCCAUGAGCACAAGCACAAACUAUCAUGGAAAAGACGAGUUGUGAAGGAAGUGUGCGCCUUUCUGUUACUCGGCAACGUCAUUCUCUGGAUCAUGCCUGCCUUUGGUGCUCGUCCCCAGUUUGACCUUGAAACUGAAGUCGAUUUCUACAAAUUCAACCUAUGGGCUGCCGUAGUUAAUAUUGGACUUCCUUUUGGCAUCUUUUACAGAAUGCAUUCAGUUGCAAGUUUGUUUGAGGUGCUUCUGCGUUCAUAAAGCUGCAGAAGUAUAGGAUAUGUGUAUGUAUGUGUAUGUGUGCGUGCUCGGUCAGUUAAGUAUGUCAUAAAGCUUUUAUGUAAAAUAUUGUAUUGUAAUUUGCUUCUCUGUGUAGAAGUUUUUUCAAUGUUUGUUCUUGUCUAUAGGCCUAUAUCAUAUAUGUUUUCAUGUGCAUUGUAUUUAAAAAGAAUUUCAUAUAUAAUCACAUUGAUUUUCUUUAUUAUUUUGAAAUGGCUUGUUAAGCUACUGAAUAUUACAUGUCCAUUGCAUUAGAUGUCAUAUUUUAUCUGUGUAGGUAAAUGAAAACGUCAUAAAUGACCCUUUUAUGAAAACAACUUGUUACUCAGUUACUAUAAGACCCUUCCCAGAAAUUUCUUGGACUUCCUAGACUAUUUAUUACUUUCCAAGAAAAGGUUAUAAAGGUUAUAUUGUAAAUCAGCAUCUUGAACAGAUUUUCUUCAAUUAUGCUGUCAUACUGAAUUGCAGAACAAACAUAAAUUGGGAUCACGAGAUGACCCCAAUAAACAUUAAGACAUACUGUGUAGCAAAAGGUAAAAAAGGGAUGUAACCAUUUACUCGAGUGGCGGACCGUGCCCUUGGGAUCAGGGCCAACUGCCCAUAUUUCCAGAUAUCACAAUCCCUGGGCCUACAAAUGUCGAAGUGACCAUAUAUAGCCUCUCAGCCAGUGCACUCACCUGCUGAGUUCCACUGGAGGAGGCAGGGCGGAGCCAACCUCGUUAAUGCAGGUUUAAUACAUGUGGAACAAUGCAAUGCUGAUUCUCCAUAAUAUUCAGUGCUUUGGUUGACUACACUGACUACACCUUAAACCCAUAACAAUCUGGCGCCAACUGGUGGCCUGUGCAGUGAUGACAUGACAGGGACAGGCCCAGCACUGAGUACACAGCUGGCAUAGGUGGGCCUAAGCCAAUGCACCAGAGCUGGUGUGUGCCUGUCAAUCAACUGGAAUGGGGCAAUCUGAUUGGUCAGUUUUAACACUAGGGCCAGAAGCUUGCAGACAGAAGGCCCAAAGAAAGAAAGGGCAUUUAUGAGCGUAUAAACCCCAAAGCAACACCAAUCUGACAGAAUACUCAUAUUUAUGUUUGAGAGUUGAGAUUGUGAGAAAAAUAAAGUUAUUUGAUUGAUGUAAUAAAAUAAUCAGUUU